CACUGCACUGAAGAAGAAUAGGGAAAUUCGAUUCCCUCACAUCGAUCCAUAUUCUCUGCUUUACACUCCUUUUUCUUUUUCUUCUUUUCUGUUGUUUUCUGUGCUCCGUCGCAUUUCAUUGGCUCUUCUCCGGGGCGAAUUAAUGUCCGGUAUUGCUCGCAGUACGUUUUUUAUGCGAUUCUCCGAUUUCUGUGCUUUGGAUUUUCGCUCCUUGAAUCUCCUUCAAGGGGAGGGUUUAAUCUCCGGGGGAUUUGAUUGUUUGGGAUUCUGAAAAGGGGGCUCUUCAGUUAGGGUUCCGAUGAUGGAGGUGCCGGCGGCUGCGGUGGUGGUGCUUCUCAUCUGAGCCCUGCUUCAAUUUCUUUCCUUUUUUGAGGACUUCAUACAUAUUUCAAUUAAAUUGUGUGGGAAUUUGUCCGUGGGAUUAUUUAUCUCUGAAUAUGAGGAUUUCCGUUGAAUGACUGGGUUUUUUUUGUUCGAGAGUUUUUUUUUUCAAAAUUUUAUUUUAAGGGAGUUAUUUAUUGUUCAAGAGGUUGUCAUUGUUGUUGUUAUGUUUCCAUUAAUAUGACUUUCUGCUAGGAGGAAUUGAUUCUCAUUGUUUUGGGUGAUUGGGAGAAAUGGAAGAAGAAAAGGAAACUAACAAUGCGGAUUAUCGAUGUAAUGUGAGGGAGACUCACUGCUGUGGAAUGGAAGUGGAAACAGGAAGUAUUAAUGGCCGAGAUGUUGUUUCGGCCUCCAAGACGGGUGUUUCAGGAGGAUCUUUUUGUAUAUGUGGGGUUAAGAAAUGUGAUUCGGGGCUAGCUGAUUGGGGCUUUGAACAGGAGAAUAGGAACAAGAACUAUGGGGCAGAGAGGAAGCUUAGUAAACAAGACAGGAUUGAGAUAGGGAGGUUGUUUCAGGAUGCCGUGACUUCCCACAACUGGGAGCGUGCGGAGAGAUUGGCUGUUUUGGCGGACCCACAUACGCUGAACGGUGCCUUGUGCAUUGCCCUGGAUUCAGUUUGGUUUUUGAGCACACAGCAGGAGUUGAAUGGCAUUACUGUGUUGAUUAAGAAGAUCAUUUCUAACGGUGCAUAUGAUUUUACUCGGGCAGUCCUCAGGACUUCGUUCCUUGCUUCCUGCGUUUGUGCUUGCCAAAGCCGGACAAUGAGCCUUUCGGAUACUGUCACUCUUAUGGCCCAAAGAUUGCAAGAGCGAUUGCAAGAAUGCAACGGAGAUGAAAUAUUGAAGGCAGAGGCUGGUGCAAAGGUUCGGAAGUUCACGGAAUGGGCUCUCAAAUGCAUAGGUUUCCACUCACAUUGCCAAGGAAAGGGUGAUAGUGUAGCUCAUAUCUCUGCUAGCGAGAUAGAACUGCGGCUAUCAGCUUUCAAGACCUUUUUAGACCUGGUCGGGAACAACCUCACAGGAAAAGACUUCACUGAAGCUUUUGAUGCGGCAUGUUUUCCCCUUACCCUUUUCUCUAGUUCGUUCGAGCCGGGCUGGGCUUCUGGCCCAUCUGCAAAUGGGAUCCAGGGACUGUUGGGGAUGCUAGUGGAAGGGGGUGCUGACAAUGUUAACCAGUGUUUUCUUGAAGCUUCACGUUUUGGUAGCACAGAGCUUGUACGCAUUUUGUUGCAGAUUGCUCAAAGGAACAGCCUAGACGUUGACGUUGAUCUGGCAUUGGGAUUCGCUUCACAUUACUGUAAAAUAGGAACAAUGGAAUGCUUGGUGGAAGAAGGGCACGCCGCGGCUUUCUUAGGCCCAUUAAUGAGAGCCGCAGAGAGGGGAUGCAUGCAGGUGGUUGAGUGGUUCCUCAGCCGCGGCUGCAGAGACAUUGAGCUCUGCCUUGCCCUCGCAGCCGCCACGUCCGCCAGUCAAAUCGCUAUCGCCGCUUACAUCCUCCCGCACGUCCCCCGACCUUUCCUCGCCGCCCUCAGCGUCGAGAUCCUCAAGGCUGCCGGUGAACGGAGUGGCGGGUCUUUUGACGGGGUAGCCUUCCUCCUCGGUUCAGACUUCCUGGGUGACCCCACUGCCACGUAUGACGUUGCUGACAUCAUAGCGAGGUCGGGUGAUGACGUGGCUCCGGAGCUCAAGUCGUUCCUCCGGGACCACUGGUCUGAGGCCGCCAAGCUGGAGGGGAGGAGGCGAGGGGAAGAGCAUUACCUGAACUUGGUUAGGGUCAUGAGAGCUGGGGAGACCCCAAUGUGUCUCAUGGACCUUCCUGCCCCUCUUAGGGUGGCGAUAGCGUACCUGCCACUGUAUAGAGAAUGCGUCAAGACCGGCGGCCGCCUGUUGCCGCAAAGGCUCAGGGGGGAGCUCGCGGAGGCGGUGAAGCGGCUCGGCGGGGCCCAACUCGGAGGCGACGAUGCAAUGCAAGGGAGUGAGUUGUUGGCCAUUUUAGAGCAUCAUCUUCCUACUUUUUUUGUCCAUGCAUCAUGAGAUCUUUUGCAAUAGGGUUGUAUUACUUGUUAUUAUUAUCAUAUGCAUGGUGAGGGUAGAGAGGUUAUAUGAGAUAUUGUAAUCUUCAUCCAAGUUGGAGUAAUAAUGCUCUGUAUUGUAGAAUAUAGUUGGGAUCAAAAUAUAUACUCGUAUAUAAUUACAUGUAUAGAAGCCAUGUUUUCUUAGGAGUUGUGAUUAUUAUAUGCAGUCAUGCUCUACUCUCACAUCAUGUAUUAUUGUAUCACUGGUGUUACACAGUCAAGGAGGUGGUAACCUCGGUGUCAUUCAUGGUGUAAAAGUCUCAUUUUUUUUGAAUGGAAUGGAAUGAUAUGCAUCUAAAAUGAAGUUUUAGUGUUCAU